AAUUAUCUUGCACAGCACCAGACGUGACACGAUACUAUUAGUUUAUACUACUAUAUGAGUGGUAGUACGUACGUGCUUGGUCGUUGAGUCCUUAAAAGUAAAAAAAAUUCAAUCAACAAGGCCGGCAAUUAAGAAAGGAGCAAAGGAGACUGAUGUUAAGAGAGUAGCAAAGCAGUACGUAGGAAGGGAAUGGCCGGCCGCGGAGAGGAGCUGAAGCUGCUGGGCAUGUGGGCGAGCCCGUUCGUGGUGCGGGUGCAGAUCGCGCUCCGCCUCAAGGGCCUCAGCUACGAGUACGUGGAGGAGGACCUGCAGAGCAAGAGCGAGCUGCUCCUGAGGUCCAACCCUGCCCACGCCGGCAAGGUGCCGGUGCUCAUCCACAACGGCAAGCCCGUCUGCGAGUCGUCGGUCAUCCUGCGGUACAUCGACGAGGCCUUCUCCGGCUCCGGGCCCUCCCUCCUCCCCGCCGACCCCUACGGCCGAGCCGUCGCUCUCUUCUGGGCCGUUUUCGUCGACGACACGCUGUUGAAGGCGCGGAGCCAGGCGUUGAGAGGCGAGACGGUCGAAGAGAAGGAGGAGGGGAGGAAGAAGGCGGCCGUGGCCAUGGAAACCUUGGAGGGGGUGUUGAUGGAGUCCAAGGCGAGGUUCUUCAGCGGCAGGGAUGUACCCGGCUACCUAGACAUCAUGCUCGGCGGCCUCCUCGGCUCGAUGCGCGCGACGGAGGAGAUGUGUGGGCUCCAGACCUUCGACCCGACCACCACGCCGCUCCUGGCCGCAUGGGCGGAGCUCUUCUGCGCGCUGGACGCGGUGGAGCUAGUCAUGCCGCGCGUCGAGAGGCUCGUCGAGUAUGCCGAGGCGAUGCAGCAGCCUCGCACCGCCGUGUCCAGCACCACCAACUGAGGCCUAACAAGCUCGCCUCCGGUCUUCACGCGCGUGUUAUUUACUUCUUGUGCAAUCAGCGUAGCUUGUUCAGAAACUAAUAGUGCUCUCAAAUUCUUGUAUGGAUUAUAUUUUUUAGUAUUUUUUAAAGUUUACUGUUCA